AUGAAAAAUAUUAUUUACAUAUAUCCAAAUUACGAAAUAUAUGGUGAUCCAAAAAUAUCAAAUACGGCUCAACUUCAUGCUCGUUAUACGGCAGAAUCAUUAAUUGGUAUUGUAAUCGAUAUUGAAUUAUUAUCAAGAUGUGUACAUAUUGUCUGCACAUUCAGUUCGCAGGUUUGUCGUAUGAGUUAUGAGUUAAUGCAAGUACGUUUUGGUGAUGCAGGUGAUCAGUUUCAUUCCUUGGAUGAUAUUUACUACUUUGGUGGCCAACAAACUCACGAACAAAUAGCAGUGGAGUCGUAUGAUGCUGAGAAUGAUAAUGAAAUUGAUCUGAAGAUUGGUGAUAUUAUUAAAAUUGCUGGUAAUCACUGGAAUGGCUUCUCGAAGGGCACUAACACGCGAACAGGCAAAAGUGGUCUUUAUCCAUCUUACAAAGUUCGUGAAAAAUAUAUUAUCUUAGAUUUCCCUUAA